UGCUAUUCCUUGAAAUAUUAUUUAUAAUAGAAACAAACUAGAAAUAAACUAAAUGUCUAAGAAUAGGGAGAAUGAUUGAGUACACUAUAACCAUAAAACAAUUUUUUACAACAACUAAAAAUGUUUGAUGUAAAAACAAUUUUAAGAAGAGUAUUUAUGAAUGUAUAGAAAAGUUUAUUUUGUGGUCCUAAGUUUAAAACUAUAUGUGUAACUGAGCAGGACCCUAUGGGGCCUUCUUGGAACUGACCUCCCCCCAUGUCCUCUGCCUGCCCCUUGUCAGUAGAAGAACUUAGACAAAGAAUAAAUUUAAUCAGAGAAGUGAGAAAAUGCAGAAAGGAAAAUAGUCAAGCAAGAAAAAAGAAUAAGAGUUUAACCAUUUAACAAAGUCAAGGACCUUUAGUCCCUCCUCAAGGGCUAUAGAUAAUGUUCUGAGCCAUGUCCUUCAAGCUCUUUUCCAGAUAUUGAAACCCCCAUCAAGUAUAAGAAGAUAACUGUAUGCCGCCCACAAGCACGGAGACCCCAGACCAGUUGGAACCAACAAGGUUGAUGAUGUUGACUCCCGAUUUCCUCACCGCCAACCUAUCAGAAGAAUGUCCACGAGCUGAUCACACCCCCCACAAGCCUCUCCUCAGCACGUAGCCCCUUCCUCCUUUCCCUGUAUAUAUAUGCACAGAAACAGCACUCUUGUAAUGGUAUCAUGAGUGGUGAGAAUAUAGAUGAUUAAUAUUUUCUUGCUUAAACUCUAUAUUUUCUAGUUUUACUAAAAUGAGCAUAUAUCAUUUUGUUAUCACAAAGCUUUUUUUUCUUUAAGGAAGUGACAAGAAUCACUAAAUAAAUAUACGAAGAGUAUUAGCAUCCUGUCCAGGUGGUUAACAGAUAAACAUAUUCUUAUACUUCUGUAAUUUCCAUGUUCUGAGGGAAAAAAAUUUACAACCGUUGAGCAAUUAGAUAGGAACAAAUUAAAAUACGUGCACCUUUUUUAUUUUCCAUUUAUUAAACUAGCAAAAGAAAAUAAAAAUGGAUACAAUCUUUAAGUGUUACUCUCAUAAAAUAAUCCAUGCAUUUUGAAUCAGGGAGAACUGGACACAAGGUUGCAAUAUUUGAAGUUCAAUCACACGAAUCAAUAUUACAAAAGGCUGAAAGAAAGGGCUUUCCUGUUCUUUCCAGGGUUGGAAAUGUCUGCCCACCCCCAGCCUCUAGCUCCUCCCUCUGCAGCCAGAGUCAGCACCAUUAAGCCGGGCAGAAGUCGACUAAUCUGCUCCCUCACGACUAUUUUGCACUCACCAUGGCCACCUUUGUGGAGCUCAGUACUAAGGCCAAGAUGCCCGUCUUGGGCCUGGGCACCUGGAAGUCUACCCCAGGCAAAGUCAGAGAGGCUGUGAAGGUAGCCACUGGCGUAGGAUGUCGCCACUUUGACUGUGCUUAUGCCUACAAGAACGAGCAUGGGGUCGGGGAAGCCAUCCAAGAGAAGAUCUGAGAGAAGGUUGUGAAGCAAGAGAGCCAUCACUUGGAGCCCAUGGGCUUGGACACGUGGGAGAGCAGAGAGAGGACCACCUGCUUCCAAAGGCUUAAGAACUUAAAAGCUGGUCGCAAUUCCUCACUUCAGAAAGCCUACGGCGGAGGAAGAGAAAGGUCCAAAAGCAGGGAGAGCGAGUAUGAUAUGGCCCCUUCUUUGUCCAGUGCUGAUACCUCAAUGCUGUGCUCUCUGCAGUUGUGGCCCACCUUCUUGGAGAAGCAUCUAGUCAGGGAAGCCUGUCAGAAGCCCCUCAAAUAUUUGAAACUGGACUAUCUGGACCUCUAUUUUAUUCACUGGCCACAGGGAUUACAGGCCAUGGAGGAACUGGUGGACGAGGGGCUGGUGAAAAACACUGGGAUCUCCAACUUCAACCACUUCCAGAUCGAAAGGCUCUUGAACAAACCUAGACUGAAAUACAAACCAGUCAGUCAUCAGAUUGAGUGUCACCCAUACCUCAGGCAGGAGAAAUUGAUCCAGUACUGCUAGUCCAAGGGCAUCAUUGUUAUGGCUUACAGCCCUCUGGGCUCUCCAGAUAGACCUGGGCGAGGCAUUUGACCUUUCUCUUGACAUUCUUUAAGAAGAGCCAUCAGAUGGCUAGUGGGAAGCUGCUGCAUAGCACAGGGAGAUCAGCUCGGUGCUUUGUGACCACCUAGAGGGGUGGGAUAGGGAGGGUGGGAGGGAGUCGCAAGAGGGAGGAGAUAU